UGACGUUGAUCAUUGCUGAAAAAUGAUUGAUGGUUAUCAUACACAUUAAUUUGACGUGGAAGCUUACCAAAAGAAAUGAGGCCUUAGUGCAAAGCAAGAGUGCCAUAGAAAAAGAAACGAUGACCAAGAAAAGGAGGCAGUUGAUUGAUAAACAGCCCGAUGGCAGUAGUGGAGGUUAUUCGGGUGGGAUCCGUGAUCUUGAAACACAACUCAAGCUUUAUGAUGUAGAAAGAAAUAAAAGAGCUAAUUCAACAUUGAGAUCUUGCUCAAUCUCUUCUCAAGGGCUCGUCUCUUUUCUCAACACUUUUCAGAUUGAGCUUGCAAAAAUGUUGUUGGCGGAGGGACAAAGUCAUCUUUUUGUACAUUGGCCUGAACAAGGUGUUGAUGAUGAAGAAAAGAAAAGUUUCUUUGAUCAGGUAACUCGGCUUAAUUCAAGCUAUCUAGGUGGUUUGGCAUCAUAUAUUCGAAAUGCGAGGAAUCUGUUAGCAGAUUCAAAAGCAGGGAAAAAUCCAUUUAAUGGCUUUACUCCUUCGGUAAGUGAAUCCAUUAAAUUUGUUUUGCAAUUUGUGUUUCUUGUACAUUUCUGCCAGAAACUUGUCUUCAAUUUCACUUCUUCUUUUUUUUUUUUAAUGAGAAAGGCAAAGGAUUUACCGGCGGUUUUAUUGGUCUUUGCGGCGGUUUUGACCGCCGGUAAAGGACAGUUUUCUUUGCCAACAUAG